AUGGUGGUAUUCGUGUCAUUAGGUUGCGCUAUUGUUUUAAUAAAAAUAAUUUGGAAUUAUUACGCCAGCCACCCUACUUUGACAGUCAUUGAAUCAACGCAUCAUGGAAUUUGGAAUUAUCCAUUUCCUGCAAUAACGGUGUGCAAUAUUAAUCGUAUAUCUUACAAUUUAACGAAGAAGUUCGUCGAAAAUUUAAAAACACCAGCCAAUGUUUCAAAAGAAUAUUUAAUUCAAGAAAUGCGGCUAAUAAACGAAUUAUUAAUACCAGGAUUAUCUGGAUAUGAUGUUCAAAAGAACCUUACUUAUUUACAAGAUAUUUUAGAUGACAACAAUUUGUCUAUUCUUAAUGUAAUGAACUUGGUAUGUGUUUUGGAAAGCUCUCGAGUUGUGCCACAAGAAUAUGUAAUGAAAAAUGGGGGGUUCCAUUUUAAAAAGUGACUUUGUCCUGAUCUUGACAACGCCACUCAGGGUCAAACCAAUGUUAUCAUUUUAUGUCCCCCUUGAAGUCCCAACACUUUUGUUUGAAACAUUUUUC